AUGAAAUGUAUAGCAAAAGAUGAAAAAAAAAUGCCCGUAAAAAGUGCAUUCCUAAAAAGUUUACACUGCCUAAAAUUCAAAAAAGUUAGAGCCUUGGAUAAAAUAAAAGGGUGCAUUUCUACGAAGAAGGUGUCUUACUCUAGCCAGAAGAAUGAGAAUGGUAACAACAAACAUAAUAAAUAUAAAAAUGAGGAUAAAAAUCAAACAGUAGAAAUAAAUUACAAAAAAAAAAAAAAAAAUGAUAACAAUUAUGUGCCUAAUUCCAUUGAACAAGAUGGUAUGAAAAAUAUACCCAUCGAUUUUAUGAAAAUAAAUGAAGUAAAGGAGUCCAAUUUUUUCCCGAAUUUUGUGUUAACCAUUUUGACAAAAAAAAAUUCUGAAGAAACCAAGAAGAGAUAUAUAAAUCAGUAUAAGAAAUAUUUAGAUCAGUAUUUCCAAACAAAUGAUACAGAAAACAUUUUAUGUGAAAAAAAAAGAUUGACGUUUGUUGACAUCUUUGUAACCCUUUAUUUAUGUUAUGUAGAAAAAAUUUUUGACUUGGAUUUUUUAACAAAAUUAAAUAAAGAAUUUGAUAAAUUAUUUCAUGCUCAAAAUGAAAAAGAUAUAUUAACUAAAGUGAGUAUAAAUUAUUUUAUGAUGAUUUUUUAUUAUUUUUCCAUUUUAAAUAUUGAAAAUGUAACGUUGUAUAAAAGUAUAAAAGAUUAUAUUAUUAAUACAGAUAUAGAACCAAUAAUUAUUUACAAAUAUUUGGAAUGUAUUAGUCUAAUCAAAAAUAUAGAUGAUAAUACAACUAGUGCCAAUGUGUGUGGUGAUCAUAUUAUGCCCAUAAUUCAAAUUUUUACCGAAAAUUUUUUCCAUUUUAAUAAUUACCUUAUUUUGAAUAUUUUACAUUUCUUACAUAAUUUAAAUGUUGUUGAUAAAGAUCUCUUCUUACUGUUAACUAGAAAAUUAAACAAAAAUGUAUAUAAUCAAAAUGCAAAUCGCUAUGAAUUAUGCAUGCUGGCGCGUACGUACGCAUUGUACAAAAAGGAAAACAUUACAUUCAAUAGCUAUUUGUAUGAAGACUUAAUGAAAAGUAUAACCAAGUAUGAAGACGAUUUUCAAAACGAUAACCAGGAAAUAUUAGACCAAAAGGAGUCAGAAAAUUUGCAGGACUACGUAGGUUUCAGCAACGAUAGAAGCAGCGAUAGAAGUAGCGAUAGAAGUAGCGAUAGAAGUAGCGAUAGAAGCAACGAUAGAAGCAACGAUAGAAGCAACGAUAGAAGCAACGAUAGAAGCAGUUAUGGGGGGAGGGAACACCUCGAAAAUAAGGGCCAAGAGAAAGGGGACCAGGAGGAACCCCCUCGAGUGAACAACCAACACGUUCUCGAAAUUGAAAACAUCAAUAGAGAUAAUUACGUUAUAUUUAAAAAUACACUAUAUAAUGAAGGUUUGGGUUUUUAUUCCUUUUUUAUAAACGCAAAAACUACGAAUAAAGAGUUAUUUAAGAAGAAGGACAAAUUAAAUAUUAGUUUUAGAAUGUCUAGAACGGAAGAGAAGGAAAAAAGUUAUUCACACAUCUCCCAAUGGUACAGAACUUUUAUUUGUGAUGAAUAUAAAAAGAAGGAUAUAAAAAAUGAGAACUUCAUUAAUUUUGACAACAAAAGCUAUGACAAGAAAAUGGAUGAAACGAAUGAAGUGAGCGAAAUGGAUGAAAUAAUUCGAACGUAUAACUAUUUUUUAAAAGAGAAUUUACAGUAUGAGUACAGCUAUGGGAAGCUUAUAGAUAUAGUGAGAAAUGUAAGUGAGCAAUUAGAUCAGGUAAAAAUUGAUAUAAACAAAUUUGCAGAUGUAAGUGUAAACGAUUAUAACGAGACUUUUCUUACAUAUAAAAAUAAAUUAUUAUUUAUUGAUAAUUAUUACAUUGGUCAUAUAUUUUACAUAAUUGAUUCAAUGUUAACAUUGAAUGUACAUCAUAAUUGUACAUAUUUUGAUAAACUGGAAAAUAAAAUUCUUAGCUUAAUAAAAAAUAAUGAAAAUUAUAUAAUUGACAAUUUUGAUAGUAAUGAAAUAAAAAGUGUUCUAAUUUUUUUAGCACACAGAAAUAGGUAUUAUAAAGAAUCCUUUAUUUAUUGUCUAACGCACAGAAUCGUUGAUUUGUAUCUUAACAAUCUUUGUAAACCGAAAAUAUUGGCAGCGUAUUUUCAUAAUUUAUUAUAUUUUACUAAGAGAAGAAUUACCAAGAAAAAUAAAUUUAACCAUACCAUAAGGAAUGUUAUAUAUAAUAGUUUUUCUUGGUUAAAUAAUAAUAAAAAUCCAUUCAAGGAAGAGAAUAAUAGUAUGUCAACUUCAGAACAAAAAAAAGAAAUAGUAAGUAUAUACAAUAAUAUUAAGGUAAAAAAUUAUUCUGUUUUACAGGUCUUAUCUAUAUAUAUUUGUAAAAAUGUAUAUUUUAUGAGUCUCUCAACUUUAGCUUCCCUGCUAAGAUCUCUUUCUUAUUUAUCAUUUGGUGAUAUUAAUUUUUAUAAUGUUUUUAUACCAUUAUUUAUGAAGCAUAUGGAAAAUUUAAAAAAUGUUGACAUUUUGAACAUAACCCAGGCAUUCAACAAACAAAAAAUUAAAAACAAAUAUUUUUUCUAUAUGUUAUCAAAGCGAUAUCAACAAAAUAAUGCCAGCAAAACUAUGAGAUCAGACUUUGAAAUUAAGCUAAUUGGAUAG